AUGGCUGCCGAUCAGCGACCUCGACGUCGCGAAGAUUUUCGAAUUGCUGUGUUGUGCGCGCUCCCCCUUGAGUACAAUGCUGCCACCCUGGCUUUUGACGAAUUUUUCGACGAGGGCGGCGACAAGUUCGGCAGAGCUCGCGGAGAUCCGAACACAUACACUACCGGCCGGAUAGGCAAAUAUAACGUUGUUAUGGCUCUGCUUCCUAGCAUGGGGACAGUAAGCUCGGCAUCUGCCAUGGCAAGCUUCCGUUCGAGCUACACUGAGCUCAAGCUAGCCUUGCUGGUGGGCAUAUGCGGCGGAGUUCCCAGCCCCGGGACCGAAAAGGAGGUUGUACUCGGAGACGUCAUUAUCAGCAAGACGGUGGUUCAAUAUGAUUUUGGCCGUCAGAAUCCUCACCGUUUUGCAACUAAGGAUACUCUCAAUGAUAGCCUCGGCCGACCCAACAAGGACAUCCGCUCACUUCUGGCCUCCCUUGAGACGGAACGAACUUUCGAAGGUCUUGAGCGUCGUACAGCUGAGAUCCUCACCGGUAUCCAACAGACCGCCGCACAGGCCGGACCGAAACGAAAGCGGACUUGGUACCUCUACCCUGGAGCAGCCCAUGACGGACUCUUCAGUCCGAACUACGAGCACAGACACCGAGAUGAUGCUGGCUGUGGCUGCGACGAUACGUGGAUUUGCGACAAAGCCCCGGAUGUAUCGUGCAUAGAACUUGAAUGCGAAGAAAAUCAUCUCGUGCUCAGAGAGAGUAUCAGAAUCAAAAAGGAACUAGAGCGCGAGGGCAAUACCGCAGAGGCCCAAAAGCCGCACAUACUCAUUGGUAGUGUCGGAUCGGGGAAUGCCGUGAUGAAUUCGGGCGUACAUCGUGACGAAAUCGCUCAGAGGUACGAACUCGUUGCCUUCGAGAUGGAGGCCGCCGGAGCUUGGGACGAGGUGCCAUGUGUCGUCGUAAAGGGGGUUUGCGACUACGCCGACAGCCACAAGAACAAGAAAUGGCAGACGUUCGCGGCUGCUACAGCGGCCUCCUCAAUGAAGGCCCUUCUCGAGUUAUACAUUCAAACUGAUGCGCCAGGAAACUCUACGCUUGAGUUUUCAACCCAGCGUAUCAACGAGAUUUUGACUUGGAUCUCGAAAGAACCAUACGAACAGCAUCACACACAAAAUAAGAGUGAGAUUUUACAAGGAACAGGAAAGUGGCUUCUCGAGGACGAAGUCUUUCAGUCCUGGAGGAACUCUGAGGCGUCGUCCAUCUUAUGGCUGCACGGCAUUCCAGGCUCUGGCAAGAGCAAGCUGACGUCAAUUGUUGUUGAAGAUGCUCUGAAGUUAUUUCCUACAGCGACGGUGUACUUUUACUGCUCCCGAAAUCCGGCCGAGCCCGGCCGUUCCAAUCCCACGAGCAUAGCAGCAAGUCUUGCAAGACAACUGGCGAUGCCUCAGCCCGGUGCGGAUAUUCUGGAUGCCGCAGUCGAGGCGUACAGAAGGUUUGGAGAUAAAGCUUUUGCCUCACAGUCUCUCACACUAGACGAAACCAAAGCGCUUAUCCAGAAGCUUCUUGAUAAUUAUCAAGAUCAGACAAUCACCUUGAUCAUUGAUGCACUGGACGAGUGCAACAGAGAAACUCGACAAGACCUUUUGGACUUUCUCGUAUCUCUCAUUAAAGCACCGACCACUAUGAAGGUCUUCAUCUCCAGCCGAGACGAUAGGGACAUUGUAAACAAGCUGGAUAACUACGAAAACCUGUACCUCUCAUCAAAGCGCAACUCGAGGGACAUCAAACGUUUUGUGCGGUCAGAGACUCGUCGUCUUGUCAGCAAAGGGUCUUUGCUGCGAGGAAGCUCAAGAAAGAAGGAACUCCGGAACAAGAUUGUUUUCGAGCUAACUGCUAAGGCGCAUGGAAUGUAG